AUGUCAUCACCCCCCCUCUCCUCAGAAGUAGUUGAAACAGAUGGUAUUGUCUGCGACACUACUAAGCUAUCCAUUGCCACAAUUAUCAAACGGGAGGCAACCAACUUACAUGACCAAUAUAAGCAUGGAAACCCCCUAUCUUCGCGACAGCGAAAGAUUAUGUCCAAUGGCCUAUCGUCGAUCUUGGAUCUGGUUGAUCAAUCGUACACUUCUCAAAUGGCAACAAAUCAACCAACUAUUCCAAAACAACAUCGCAUCCCAGAUACUUCCCCCCUGAAUCCUACCCUCAGUACAACCUUGAAAGUCAUCGCUGCCACGUUAAAGCAGACCUCUAACAUCAAAAUGGGACUACUUUAUCUAUACAAAAUCUAUGGCAAGCACCAUUCUACCAGCCUUAUGCCUUCUCUCCAAAUUCUUGAACAUGUACUGAAUCUACUGGAUCAGGAAUCUGAUUUACUCCAAGCCAAGCCCACUACUAUGAUCUCUGAAACUGACUACGUCGCGUACAUUUGGCUCCCCCUGUUUAGAAGGCUGUUCCAUGCUGGCACCAACAUACAGAUCAAAACUGGCAAAACUACAUUCCCAUUCUCCACUGCUUCUAAGCAACAACUUUACCCAGGUGCAUCAAAUGUGACAGGUUUCAAAAUCGAUUUGCGAUUUGUCGUUCACUAA